UAUUACUGUUUUAUCAGUAAUUAUCAUUAAAACUUAAAUAACUUUGAAAAAUAAAAAUAUCAUAAUUGAAUUAAUUUACACAGAUARUUGGAACAACAGACCAGUUACAUGAAGAUAAAGAAAAUACAGAUAUAUCAAGUCUGCAGUCUCAGCAAGAGAACCAAUGUGACAGAAAAGAAGAAAGUGAAGAAGAAGAAAUCAAAGUCAAAAUGAGCACCUGGAAAAAGAUUCAAUCAAAAUUAGAAGAGCCAACAUUUGAGGACAAUUUGAGAAAAUUGGGCACAAUAGUUGACAAGCACAAGGACCGACAAUCACUGGUGGGGCAUGACAACAUGAAGGCAUUGGUUAUGCAGCAUGUACCAACACUAUACACAACGUUACUUAAUAGUAUAUCAAGUGAAAGACAUGGAGAGAAAAAGGUGCACAUGCAAGAAAGGAGAGUUACAUCACUUAUCUGGCAUUUAAUAUACUACAGGAAUCAAAGACAUGGCAAUUUCCAAGAUGAAUGUGGGAUAUUUUUGGAAUUACAAGGUUUAUCAUCUAUGGGACUCUCAGCCGGAAUAACCUUGGGAUUUGCCCGAAACCCAAAAACAAAAACAUUGAAGAAACAUGAGAUUUCAAAUGGCUAUAUCAAAAAAGUUCAAGAUAAACUUUAUUCUGUUAUGAAAAAGGGAACCUUUCUUAUUUUGAUGAUUGAUGACUUUCACAACAUAAAUGCAAUCAAGACACCACAGGGGAGACAGAUAUCAAAUGCUGUUCACAUGGCCAGCAUCAUGUUGGAUAUCCACCAGUACGAUGCAGUCAAGUCAGUGAAUAAGGUUCACAGAGAAGUAACAGUUCAUAUACCUGGAAGACAACCUCAACAAUUAAUAUGCAAAGGAGGAAUCUGCAGUCAAGCUGUUGUACGAGAAAUCAGUGCAACAUGGUCUCAGUACUGUCAACACACAUUUCUGGAGGGUCUUCCUGCAAGUUACAAACAGAUAAAUCCUUGCUUGCUGAGGAAAUCCUUGAAAGAACUCAGAGUUUAUGCAAGAGAAGACCAAUCCCAGUCUCUAAAAUCAACUGUACUCAUAGAUGAGAUAGAACAAGAUCUACAUAGUCUUAAUGAUUAUAGAGACACCCACCAGUAUAUGUUCCAAGUACUGCCAGAGCUGUCAACAUUUUUAAACACCAAUGUCCUUCCUGUAGCUGGAGACUGGCCAACAUGGUACUUCCACAAGAAAAAUAUUUGUAUAUCAUCAGAAAAACAUGACUCCAUGAUUCCUGAGCUUGGGCAGUUCCAUGUCUACUUGAAUGCCACUGAAGAUGUUAUCAUAAGAUACCAUCCAAUAUUUCAAGAGAUGUACAAGUCAGUAUUUGGCCAAAGAAAGAUCUUGCCAUUGAAACCAAAGCCAGAGAAGAUUUCAUUGUGCAUCACACUURCAUUUKCAGGCUGGUUACAGAUCAGAGAUGUAAUYAUUGCAGCUUUUCAAGAGUGUAAAGAUGUAGAGUUUGUCUGUUUGUUCCAUUUAUUUGAAGAACUAGUCCCACUCACAUUUCUUCAUUACCCUGUUUUUGUCAAGGGAGGUAGCUUUCAAUACAUUGAAGAAUCAAUGAAGAGAUUGGCCAUUAUGUUUAUAGCUAUGGAACGCCACCAUUAUAAUAAAGCCACUCUGUCAUGGAUUAGUGACAAGAACUACCAUCAAAGCUCCUUYCAAGAAUAUCACAAUGCCAAACAACAUCUGUGCUCUGUAAUUAGCGAAAAGAAAGUGGAGAUAUUCCAUUCACGAUUGAGAAGCRGAAUAAGUAAAAAUGACAAAGCCGCACAAAUUCAAGAAACAGCCCGUCUACUGGCCAGGUCCAAUUGUGAACCGAACUACUUYGAAGAAGACUAUGUCAAUGGCUACMAACGAGGAAUUAGUGACCAAGAUUUGCUUCUACUGUCUGGUCUAGCAGCUGAAAGUAUCAUGGAAAUGUUUGAACGUGUAGCAACAAAUCUUGGUCAGUCAUAUGAGCUCCCAAGACCAAUUAACAAGGCUGGCAAACCAUACGGGAAAUCUUCAUUCCAUCUUGCAAGCUUUAACAAAGCCUUCUGUAGGAAAAGUCUGCCUUUGGGUUAUAGAUGGCCAUUGUUUCAACCCAACAGCACUGUGGAUUGUGAUAGUCAUGACUGUCAAGCACCAGUAGAGUCCUCAACCAAGCGACUGACAUGUGGUCACUCAUUUCACCAUGAGUGUUUGACAGAUAACGAAUGUAGCAUUUGUCUGUCAAACCUCAUUAAAGAUGUACAGCAACUCUCCUACGCAUGGAACAUUCAGCUGUUAAAGCCAGUUGAAGAUGACGACAUUGAUUUUGAGAAUGAUAAUGAUGACGAUGAUGAGGAUCCUGGUGAUGAUGAAGAUCCCAGUGUACCUACAAGCUGCAAAGAUUAUAAAUAUUUCAAGUCUGCUUCUUUUAAGCAACACAUUCAAAGUAAAUUGUCAUCAAUAAAAGCAAUACUUCACAAGCAACAACUAAUUCCAGAGGAAUAAAUGAUUUUAGUGGCGAUUUUUUUAACCACACAAUCAAUAUGUUAAUGAAAAUGUAAAUAAAUAUGUAAAUAGAUAUGUAAAUAAAUAUGUAGAUGAUAUGUACAAAAUAUGUAAAUAUAAAUACGACCAUGGAACUUUUAGAAACUGAUAAAUUUCAAUCAUCACUGAUUGUGUUACACAGAAAACAGUGUAGUUACACAUGUGUGAUACGGUAUGGUUUAUUUUUACUUUUACAAAAUUAUGUGAAAUCAAUCACAAUUUGGGGYAGUGAUGGAAAUACUAUUGUCAGAAAACCUUCUACAAACUUUAAUAAUUAGUUCAAUUUUAAGGUCCAAAAAURAAGCAAAUUACUUCACCCAAGCAGGUGUUAUCAUUCUCUACUUUUUACAGUGUACAAUUAAAAGGUAAAAGUAUCAAUUUUAUCGGAUAUGCAACCACUGRUUAGAUAGAAAGUUAAAAGAGAACGAACAUCGAUUAGAUAGAAAGUAAAAAGAGAACGAACAUCGAAGAACUGACAGAGGUAGAAAAAAAUUGAGUUUUUGUAAAAUGGAUACUUAAGUUGACUUUAUAAGUUCAAAUCAA